AUGCGCGGCAGGCAGCGGGGCAUGGCCGGCUCCACACCAUGGUUGCGCUGGACCCAGGGGGACCUGGGUGAUGGCUCCCCAGAGACGAAGCGCUGGGAGGAAGAGCAGCAGGAGGAGGAUGAAGAUUUUGAGGAGCACAUGGACAAGGAUGGAGUCAUUGGCCUGGAGGAGGGACUUGCUGCUGUCUCUGACCGGYCUCAAGGCUCUUGUUUCGUGGAGGCGCUCGGCCUGCAGGCCCUGGAUCCCCCCGCCCGCGUCAGGAGCUUCAGCGGCCGGGAGUGGCCGGAGUUUGGUCCGGAGGGGUCGGGCACAGAUGGGGAGGAUGCCGGGAGUCCUGCGCCGGGGGACAUCAAGGAUCCCAGUGACAGGGCACCAACCAAGCUGGCUUACUGGCGACCACAUCGGGAUGCAACUGAAGAGGAGGAAGAGGAGGAGGAGGAGCAGGGGAGCUCAGGGGAUGAGGGGAGGCCGGAGGGGACCUCGGGGGCUGAGAGCGACAGCGAGCUGUACCCAGAGCUCUCCUACGAGGGCCAGUGUGGCUCCGAGUACAGCGGCAGCCCCGAGGCACUGCGGGACAGCCCAGCCCUGCUCGGCCCCUGUCUGAGGUCACUGAGCUUCAGCACAGACGGCGGGGAGGCCUCGGCGCUCUCAGAUGUGAGCCCCGGUGCGUCCCCUCCCUGCCAGCACGCGCCUGGCCGCUGGAGCCGCAGCCGGAGCCUCCUGCGCCGCCUCUCCGCCAAGGACCUCCGCGAUGCCCGCAGUGACACUCGCAGUGACACCUGCAGCGUCACCGCGGAGCCCUGCGUCGUGGCCGGCGCCGAGAGCGGCAGGGAGCCGCGUGGCGGGGCAGUGCCGCCGGCCGGGGAGCAGCGAGGUGCAGGUGGCAGCGYCCGCCUGCGUGGCCAUGCUCGGGCGGUGGCGAAAGCGGCGCCGCAGCCGCCGCGGGGCCGGCAGUGCCGCUCGCUGAGCCCGCGGCGCCCCCACAGCCGAGGGGCGACGACGGCUAUGGCGCGGCCCAGCGCCACUGGCCCCGCAGCGGCCGCAAGCCCGCGCUACGGCCGCGGGCCGCUCAACCACCCGCUGCCCGACCUGUCCAAGGUGGAGGCGCGGGUGAAGGUGGCACAGAGCUACCGGCCGCCGCGCGGGCGCACGCUGCCCGCGGGCGGCCCCCGCGGCCCCGUGCUGCCCAAGUCGCCGGCCGAGAUCGUGCGUGAGGCACUGCUGAGCAGCGGCGGGCGCUGCGCCCGCAGCCGCCCCGCGCCCAGUGCCGCCCGCGCCUUCGGGUGCCCCGAGGAGGCCAGCGAGCUGGUGCAGCAGCUGCAGGACGACUACCACAAGCUGCUGACCAAGUACGCCGAGGCCGAGAACACCAUCGACCAGCUGCGGCUGGGCGCCAAGGUGAGCCUGUACGCUGACCCACCGAAGCCCAGCCACAGCGUCCGCAUGGGGACCCUAGGGACCGGCUCCAAGGUCAUGGCCUUCAGCAUCCCACAGUCAAGAACAGCAGCCAUCAGCACGGCCCCCGUCCCAGCCCUGCAGCCCUUUCUGGAUGCAGAGCCAGCACAAGAACCAGUCAACCAGGGGACAUCACCUCGGACUKGUUCUCCCCAUUUGCCUGGGAUGGGCUGCUCUGCAUGCCCAGGACAGUGUGGGUGCCAGGUGCACCCAUGCCCAGGAAUCCAGCUCACGCAGACCCUGGCAGGACAGACCCGCAAGUUUCAAGCUCAGGUUGAAUCCUUCGAAGCCUGGGUCCAGGCAGGAAAUUCCACGCCGCAGGAGCAGCUCCAGAGGUUUAGGAAACUGAAGAAGACUCAAGACGCGCUGGAGCGAACAUAUCUGCAAGCCCGCGAGGAGAACCGCAGGCUACAACAGCACCCAGAUGCCUCAGGGGAGUUUGAUCCAGACCGCACGGUGGAAGGGGAGAUAUUCUGCCUGGGGAUGCACCUGGAGGAGCUGAAGGAUCGGCUCGAGCGAGCGGCUCAGAGGCAGCCCUCCCCACGCAGCUGCUCAGAGGCAGGUUCUUCUCCCAGUCGCUCGCCSGUGCCGCUCUCCGAGACGCGUGCGUCUUCGCCGACACCCUCGCUGCAAGCCCCGACGCCGGCCGUGUGCACCCCCUACCCCGAGAGCCCUGCGCUGCAGGAGAUGCUCCCAGGCACCCRGCCAGGCACAGGCGGGAGCCCUGCGAGCGGGGACCGUGAGGCGGGAAGAGGCGAGCUGCUCCCCGAGCCCCUCUGGCACAAGCGGCUCCAGGUGGAGGAAGACUUUGGUGACCUGCUGGAGCAGUACAAGCACUUCAAGUCCUUUCCCGAGUCUCUGAGCCUGGAGCGGCUGAGCCAGGGAGGGAGCCAGUCCCUGGAGGAGGUGGAUGGACUCGGGGCAGGGGAGAGUGGCCUGGACAAGGUCUCCUGCAGGACACAGCCACCAGAGGAGAGGGGCGGCCUCCCGGCCUCUCCCUUGCAGCCCGCCGAGGGGAGAGCAGGGCUGCUGCCCCACACGGAACCGGCGUGGAAGAAGGGCCGCCUGUCCUGUGCCRGCAGUGAGGAGCUGCCCAGAGCGGCCAAGGCCCCGGCCGGGCUCCCUGAGCCGCGGGCGCCCCUCUCCCGAGGGAGCAGUGCCUCGGGCAACGCAGCCGCUGAGCACCAGCCCCGGCGGGCGAAACCCGCGCGGGCAGAGGAGCAGCGUAUCGUGUCUCCAGAGACGGACAGCGGCUUCGUGGGCUCCGAGACCAGCAGGGUGUCCAUGUCCCCACUGUUGCAUGUGCCAGAGCACCGGCCCCCGCAUGCUGGGACACUUGGCUUGCUGGGAAGAUCAGGUCCCAUCUCCACGGCSGCAGCCCUCCAUCCGCUGCAGAAGAGAGAGGCAGCCCCGCUUCGCUUGGAAACGGCACCAGUGGGCAUCUAUACAAACUGUGGGCAGGGGCCGCCCCAGGAUGGCAUGCGGGGGCCCAGCCUGCUGCCCAGCACCCCCUCUCACACCAACUCCCCUCCCCAGUGGGCAGAUAGUGUCACCAGCGACAUGGCACCCGAUGCUGAUGGCACUCACACAGACUCUGCAGUGGAGGAGAGGAGCUGUGCAGGCUCCUGCAGCCACCCGCCCAGCAAGGCCGGGGCUCCAGCCCCYGCGCUGCCCCCCGACCAGACUCCCUAUGAUCUGCUGGGCUCCCGCAUGCAGCGCGACCGGGCUAUCCGUGCGCUGCAGGACGAGGUGUCGCGCCUGCAACAGAGGCUGGAGCAGAGUUUGCGCUGGUCACGCAGCUACCCCGAAGGAAAAGCCCCUCUGCGGACUGCAAAGGCCCCGAGACAGRCACUGGCCAACGGACUGUCCCGCAAGGAGCCUGCAUCCUCCGAGCCCUGGGACGAGUGGCCCAGGGCUGUGCUCUCCCCUCGGAAGAGCCCUCGGAGCCUGCGGGACACGGUGACGAUUAGGGGCCAAUGCACAGCCGCUUCCUCAGUGGGAGAUGCGGUGCAGCAGCCCCAGCAGAGCACUCCCAGCAAGACCCGCUGUCCCAUGUGCCAUUCCCUCCAGGACACCCCUGCGCCCAACACCAGCAACACAGCAGCGCAYGCGGAGCGUUGCUUGGAUGGCAGCUCGUCUCCAGGCUCCCGUGUUGGCCCCAAAGCCGAGACGCUGGAGCAGCCUGCACUGUGGUACUUGGCAGCCAGCCCCCCGGCAGCCGCUCUGGGCUAUCUCGCGCCAGUCCCUGUCGUGUCCUACACGCCCUCCGUGCUCUACUGCUCCCCAACAGUAUCUACCUCAGCACCAGUCCUGGCUGGUCUCCCCCUCCAUCCUGCUCCCAGGUACCAGCYGGCAGAGCGGACACCACAGGCCACCCGCCAGCAAGCUGCCAGCCGCCGUCUCACCCUGGACCUCAACGACUUGGAGGAACUCAACUGGUCCCUGGCCCGUGCCGUGGAGGCCGCCAAGAGCGUGAAGUUCACCACAAAACAGAUGAGCCGCUCACUGACCUCUGAACUGAGCAAAGUCCAUGACCUCCGGGGAUCCUGCCUCUUCUGACAGGAGACRGAUGUGGCUGGGAUGAAGCUAGGAAGCUGGUGGGAGGCCAGGAGGAGGCCUGGCCAGUGAUGUGCCAAAGCUACUUGUCUGUCCCUGCCUUCUCAGCAGGCAGCAGGAGGAUCCUACGCUGCUGGAUCCCUACCACAUCUGGAGGCACAUUGGUCAAGACUGGAAGCGUCUCCGUCAGGUCCUAAACCUGCUCCCAACCUGCAUCACAGUUGCCUUAACCCUCCCCUCCACACUGAGCCAUGAGCAUUCUGGCUAUUUUAUCUGUUUUUUAGAGCAGCCCCUAUUCCUGGUGCCCGUAACAGUCACUUGGGGUCCGUGCCCUCCAUGUGCCUCUUUAUCAGGCCCCGCGCUGCCCAGGGCAGAUGCUGCUGGUGAGCCAAGAGCUUCCUCAGGAGGUUCUGGUUCGUGUAGGUCCUGCAGCGUUUACCUUAUGUCCGCUCGUGAGAGAUGUGUGUGCAGAGAUACCUGCGCUUCUCUCUUAUUUCCAAAGGYAAAUGCAGAAGCGACUACGUAAAAGACAUCUGGGUAGUUUGAUUUGUUGCUGGCUUUCGAGCCUGGCACUUAAACUCCGUGCUGCUGGUGCCGCCUUCGUGCCGGGCGAGACGUGGCCCUGGAAGAUGAAGGAUGUUCCCCCUCCCCAGCCUCACUCCCGCUCCACCCGCCUGCUCUGCUGCCCCUUACGGCUCCUGCUGUGAAUUGAGGCCAUUUCUCAAGCCCUAUUUGGGGCUGUUUGUGGGUGUUGUGAUCCGUCGCACGCCUCAGGAAGGGGCCAAGUGCUSUGCUUGUGUUUUAACACCCCAGCUGCCUGUAAAGGAAGCAGGGUGAUUUGACUGAUGAAGCUGUCUGUGUGACUCUGGUCAACCUGAACUUGGCCCUGGAAAGCUCAUUUGUGUGGUCAUAUAUAUGUAUUUUUUUUCUUUACCUUCAAGGUAGAUAAUAAGGAGCUAAACCACUCUUUUGGGAAUGACUGUCAGUUAUGAUGUGUGUGUGUGUGUGUGCAUGUGU